CGGAGUCCCUGUACAAGAACAAACGUUAAUGACACACAGAUCCAAGUUGUUUUGAUCAUACUUAUGCACUUCCAGUAUGGCUUUAGUGUCUGCCUUUGAUUCUCUCCAACAGGCUUUGCCAAUCAAUGGUUUUAUCAUUCUAUCCUUAACUUCCUUUUUCCUUGUCUGGUAUCUUUACAACCAUGGAUCAAGACACAGCCUUCCUCUUCCCCCUGGCCCCAGGAAGCUUCCUCUCCUUGGAAACAGUCUUGACAUGCCUAUGACAGAUCAACAUAUUGUAUUUGCUCAAUGGGCUGAAAAAUUUGAUUCGGAUAUACUCCACCUGAAAGUCGUAGGAGGGAACUGUAUUGUGCUGAGCUCAUAUGAAGCUGCCAUGGAUUUGUUGGAUAAGAGGUCAAGUAUUUAUUCAAGCCGGCCCCGCGUUACAAUGUUGCAAGACCUUAUAGGCUGGGAGGGUGAUCUCGUUUAUCUUCCUUAUGGAAAUGCGUGGAAAGCGCAUCGCAAGCUUUUGCAUCAAGAGUUCCAUCCGAGUGAUUCUUCUGCAUACCGUCCACACCAUAAGAAGGCCUUAAGGUUAUUCCUGAAUAAUCUGAUCGAAACACCAGAGGAAUGGCUUAGGCAUAUCCAGCAGAUGACACGUUCAAUAAUCCUCGCAGUCGCAUAUGGUAUACAUGUGCAAGUGAAGGAUGAUCCAAGUAUCAUUGCAGCUGAAGAGAUGUUUGCUGUCUUGAAUACCGCUGGUAUUCCUGGGUCAUUUCUUGUGGAUGUGUUCCCUCUACUUAAACACAUUCCUACCUGGUUUCCGGGUGCCUCAUUCAAACGAAGAGCUCAAGAGUGGUAUGACAUUCGAAAUGAAACAAUUACACCUCCGUUUUUGAAGGUCAAGCAAGCGAUGGCGAAUGGAAAUGCUGAAGAUUGCUUUAGCCUUCGAUGUCUGGCAAACGCACAGAGCCCUGAUCCACGCCUGGACCAUCUUUCCGAGGAAGAAGAGAUGAUUAAACAAACCGCGGGCUCAAUGUACGAAGGUGGCGCAGACACCGGGAUCACUGCCCUUCGAACCUUCCUCCUUGCAAUGAUGUGUUUCCCAGAUGUACAAUGCGAAGCUCAGGAGGAAUUGGAUCGUGUAAUUGGUCAAGAACGGCUACCGGACUACGACGAUCUGGAUGGUAGCAAAGGAUUGUCAAGGCUGCCUUUUGUAUGGGCUAUCAUCUAUGAAUGUUUCAGAUGGCAAGCUAUUGUUCCGUUAUCCGUCCCUCAUCAGGUCGAUACAGAAGAUACAUAUAAAGGAUACUACAUUCCGAAGGGCUCAACAAUAAUGCCAAAUGUUUGGGCAAUACUUCGAGACAAAAAGACGUAUGGUCCCACGGCACACAUGUUCAACCCCAAGCGAUGGCUCCUCAAGACAGAUUCUAAUGAAACCGGACACUGCGCGGAAGCACAAUGGAGACUCAAUCCCGACAUGCGCGAUCCAGUAGGAAUAACAUUCGGUUUUGGGAGGAGAGUCUGUCCCGGCAAACACAUGGGACUAGCUUCAUUCCAAAUGAAUGUGGCCUCGCUCCUGCACUCUUUCAAUAUUACUCCUCCCUUGGAUGACAAUGGGCAUGUGGUGAAUCUGGAGAUUGAGUAUGUUUCCGGUCUGCUAAAUGGUCCUGUGCCCUUUGAAUGUUCCAUUAAGCCUCGAUCCGAGAAACAUAUUGCUGUUGUACGUCGGGGAUUGUUUGAGGUUUAAAAUGAGAC